AUGGGGGGAGGCCCCCAGAGUGAAACCCUGGGGGGCCCCCCCAUGGGGGGCCCCCCGACGGGGGGGCCCCUGGGGGCCCCCCAAGGCUUUGAGGGGCCCCCCUCUUUGGUUAGUCAGCUGCUGCCUUCAACUGCAGCAACUGCACCGCCAGUAGUAGCAGCAGCAACACUAGCAGCAGCAGCAGAAGGAGAAGUAGCAGCAGCAGCAACAACAGCAGCAACAGCGCCAAUAGCAGUAGCACCAACAGCAGCAGCAGCAGCAACACCACCACCGCCACCACCGCCAGCAGCAGCAGCAGCAGCAGCAGCAGCAGCAGCAGCAGCAGCAGCAGCAGCAAGCAGCGCAUGCAAAUUACCUCUAAGACGUGCUGCAUCAGACCCCUCCGCCUCUCCUCUCCUAGGGGGCCCCCCAACCCCCCUGGGGGCCCCCCGCCCUUGGGGGCCCCCCCCGGGCGAGCAGUUCAGGGGGCCCCCCGGGGGCCCCCAUGGGGGGCCCCCUAGUGAGCAGCAGGGUGGGGGCCCCCAUGAUGAUAUAAAAUUUAUUUAUAAUGCUUCGGGGGGCCCCCCAGGGGGGCCCCCUGGUGAUGAUGAGUGGGGGGGGGGCCCCCCUGAGGGAGAGGAGACAGCAGCAGCAAAAGCAGCAACAGAAGGAAAAGAAGAAAAAGAAAAAGAAAAAGAAAAUAGACAAAUGAGGGGGGCCCCCUUCUAUCUGCUGCACUCCUCUGUCUCUCCCCCCCCAAAAGAAAAAGAAAGCAAAACAAUAAUAAAAACAACAAAAGGGGCCCCUGCUGCUGCUGCUGCUGCUGCUGCUGCUGCUGCUGCUGCUCAUGCUGAUAUAUGCAUGCAUACAGACACCGAAGACAGAGAGCAGCAGCAGCUGCUGCUGCAGCUGCAGCAGCUGCAGCAACACAAACAGCAGCUGCAGCGCCAACAGCAGCAGCUGCAGCAGCAGCAGCAACGCCAGCAGCAGCUACAGCAGCAGCAGCAACGCCAGCAGCAACAGCUGCAGCAGCAGAUACAGAUACAGCAGCAGAUGCAGAUGCAGUUGCAGCUGCAGAAGCAGAUACAGCAGAAGCAGCAGCAACAGCAUCAGCAGCAACAGCAGCAGCAGCAGAUGCAGCAGCAGCAAAUGCAGCAACAACAGAUGCAGCAACAGCAGCAGCAGAUGCAGCAGCAGAUGCAGCAGCAACAGCAACAUCAGAUGCAGCAGCAGCAGCAACAGCAGCAGCAGAUGCAGCAACAGCAGCAACAUCAGAUGCUGCAGCAGCAGCAGCAGCAGCAGCAGCAGCAUGCAUCAGUUGUGUUUCCUUUUUCAAUUGCUGCCGUUUCUGCUGUUGCUGCUGUUGCUGCUGCUGCUCCUUCUGUUGCUGCUGCUGCUCUUGAUAUUGUUGUUAUUGCUGCUGCUGCUGCUGCUGCUGCUGCUGCUGCUGUUGCUGCUGCGUCUUUUUGUGCUGCAGCAGCAGCAGACAACGACUUGAAGAGUAUCGGCAGCAGAGACCAAAGCCCAACAAAUCAGCAGCAGCAGCAGCAGCAGCAGCAGCAGUUGCUGCUGCUGCUGCAGCAACAGCAACUGCAGCAGCAGCAGAAGCUGCUGCAGCAGCAGAGGCUGCAGCAGCAACAGCGACUGCAGCAACAGCAGCAGCUGCAGCAACUGCAGCAGCAUCAACAGCGGCUACUGCAGCAGCACCAGCAGCAGCAGCAGCAGCAACAGCUGCAGCAGCGUCAACAGCAGCUGCAACAGCUCCAACAACUGCAGCAGCAGCAGCAGCAGCAGCACCAGCUACAUCAGCAGCAGCACCGCCACCAUCAGCAGCAGCAGCAUUUCCAUCAGCAGCAGCAGCAGCAGCAGCUGUUGCUGCAGCAGCAGAUGCUGCUUAAAUAUACUGACGUGGGCGCCCCCAGGGCCCCUGCCUUGCUGCCUGGGGGCCCCCCUAUGCAGCAGAGCAGCAGUACCCUGUUUUAG